AAAACAAAAAGAAAAAGAGUGUACAGUUUGCUCACUCCCACAAUGUAUUAUCAAGAAAAUUCCUCCCAAAAAAACAAACACCUAAUAGUCCACCUUGUCGUCCCUUAUUUUUUCUUAGGUUGUUGAAUUUUUUACCUGAACAGCCUUAACUUCCAUUAUAGCUUUAAAAUCAAGAAACACAAAAAUCCCAACUAAUUUCUCUCAACACAUCCUUCUUUUUGCCAUGGCAACUCAAUUAGUCCACCAACUUCAUUUCAUUCUCUUCCCUUUAAUGGCUCCAGGCCACAUGAUCCCCAUGAUAGACAUAGCUAAACUUCUAGCAAAUCGCGGCGCUAUCACCACCAUCAUCACCACUCCAGUAAACGCGAAUCGUUUCAGUUCAACGAUUAAUCACGCAACACAAACUGGUCAAAAAAUCCAAAUCCUCACAGUCAAUUUUCCUAGUGUAGAAGUAGGUUUACCUGAAGGUUGCGAAAAUCUUGAUAUGCUUCCUUCACUUGACAUGGCUUCGAAAUUUUUCGCAGCAAUAAGUAUGAUGAAGCAACAAGUGGAGAGUCUUCUAGAAGGACUAAAUCCCAAACCAAGUUGUAUAAUUUCAGAUAUGGGAUUGCCAUGGACAACUGAAAUCGCGCGAAAAAAUAGUAUCCCAAGAAUUGUUUUCCAUGGAACUUGCUGUUUCUCGCUUUUAUGUUCGUACAAAAUACUCUCCUCCAAGGUUCUUGAAAAUCUAACCUCGGAUUCGGAGUAUUUCGUGGUUCCUGAUUUGCCCGAUAGGGUCGAACUAACGAAAGCUCAGGUUUCAGGAUCGGCCAAAAGUAACAGUUCUGCUAGUUCCUCUGUAUUGAAAGAAGUAAUAGAGCAAAUCAGAUCAGCAGAGGAAUCAUCAUAUGGUGUAAUUGUUAAUAGUUUUGAGGAAUUGGAGCCAAUUUAUGUGGAGGAAUAUAAGAAAGCUAGAGCGAAAAAAGUUUGGUGUGUUGGCCCUGUUUCUCUGUGUAAUAAGGACAAUGAAGAUUUGGUUACAAGAGGUAACAAGACUGCAAUUGCUAAUCAAGAUUGCUUAAAGUGGCUAGAUAAUAAAGAAGCAAGAAGUGUUGUUUAUGCAAGCCUUGGGAGUUUAUCUAGGUUGACAGUAUUGCAAAUGGCGGAACUUGGUCUUGGUUUAGAAGAGUCAAAUAGGCCUUUUGUGUGGGUGUUAGGAGGAGGUGGUAAGUUAGAUGAUUUAGAGAAAUGGAUUCUUGAGAAUGGAUAUGAGGAAAGAAACAAAGAAAGAGGACUUUUGAUCAGAGGAUGGGCACCACAAGUGCUGAUACUUUCACAUCCUGCAAUUGGUGGAGUAUUGACUCAUUGUGGGUGGAACUCUACAUUGGAAGGUAUUUCAGCAGGAUUACCGAUGGUAACAUGGCCACUUUUUGCUGAGCAAUUUUGCAAUGAGAAGUUAGUUGUCCAAUUGCAAAAAAUUGGAGUAAGCUUAGGUGUGAAGGUGCCUGUCAAGUGGGGAGAUGAGGAAAAUGUUGGAGUUUUGGUGAAGAAGGAUGAUGUUAAGAAAGCGUUAGACAAACUAAUGGAUGAAGGAGAAGAAGGACAAGUAAGAAGAACAAAAGCAAAAGAGUUGGGAGAAUUAGCUAAGAAGGCAUUUGAAGAAGGUGGUUCUUCUUAUGUUAACUUGACAUCACUGAUUGAAGAUAUCAUUGAGCAACAAAAUCACAAGAAAAAUAGUCAAGAUAGUUAUGAAUGAAGUUAUUAGUGUCAGCUGCAGUUUUAUGGUCUCAACAUUCAAGAUUCUUAACAUUGAAUUCACUAUAUUGUCAAGAUUAUGGGUCUAGACCUACUAUUUAUUGCAAUUUUAGUGAUUUUUUUGUAUACAUAAUUUAGGUUUCGGUCGAAAGCAUUGAAUUCAGAUGAAUUCGAUGCAGCAACGUUGUUACCUUCCAGAUUUGCCUUUCGGCAACAAUUAUUACCUACAAAACUUAGGAUUAUUGUUUGCGUUUAA